AUGAAAGCCAGUUUUUGCCUCGGUUUGGCCACAUGUUCCUUCCUCCUGUUUCUUCUGUCAGGAGGCACAUGUUCAGAUGCAGAGCACAGGCUCUUCUCUGUGAUAUUCUCCAACUACAACCAGUACAUACGACCGGUGGAAAAUGUGUCCGACCCAGUCAUUGUUCAGUUCGAGGUGUCCAUGUCACAGUUGGUCAAAGUGGAUGAAGUCAAUCAGAUCAUGGAGACCAAUCUGUGGCUGAGACAUGUCUGGAACGAUUACAAACUGAGAUGGAACCCAAAAGAUUUUGGAGGCGUUGAGUUUAUCCGAGUGCCGUCCAACAGGAUAUGGAAGCCAGACAUUGUUCUGUACAACAAUGCAGUUGGAGAUUUCCAGGUUGAUGACAAAACAAAGGCCCUGCUUCGUUAUAAUGGUGACGUUACCUGGAUCCCUCCGGCCAUAUUCAAGAGCUCCUGCAAGAUUGACGUCACUUACUUCCCUUUCGACUACCAAAAUUGCACCAUGAAGUUCGGCUCCUGGACGUACGACAAGGCAAAGAUUGAUCUGGUGCUGAUUGGUUCCACAAUCAACCUGAAGGACUUCUGGGAGAGCGGCGAGUGGGUGAUAAUUGACGCCCCUGGUUACAAACACGACAUUAAGUACAACUGCUGCGAGGAAAUCUACACAGAUAUCACUUACUCUUUGUACAUCCGCCGUCUGCCUCUUUUCUACACUGUCAAUAUGAUCAUCCCCUGCCUGCUCAUCUCCUUCCUCACCGUGCUCGUCUUCUACCUGCCGUCUGAUUGUGGUGAGAAGGUCACUCUGUGUAUCUCUGUCCUGCUCUCUUUAACUGUCUUCCUGCUGGUUAUAACUGAGACAAUCCCCUCCACUUCACUAGUCAUUCCCCUGAUUGGUGAGUACCUCCUCUUCACCAUGAUCUUUGUCACCCUCUCUAUUGUCAUCACCGUUUUUGUGUUAAACGUCCACUACCGCACACCAAAGACACACACCAUGCCCUGCUGGGUGCGGAGUGUCUUCCUGGGACUGCUGCCCCGUGUGAUGUUCAUGACCAGGCCAGAGAGGGACCCUGAGAACGUGGCAGGUAAUGUGCACACGAUUCAUUCGAGACCCUGUGCCAUUCAUUCAUCAGGCACUUUUCAGAGGCAGCACAAACCUCAGGCCCUGGCCUCCAGCGUGGUAACCAGCCUGACGAAUCGCCAGCGUCUUUUCAACAACACUGAGCUCUCCAACCUCAAUAACUUGAGUGUAGACCCAGGCAAAGGAGGAGGUACUGGGCUCUUGUGCUGCGAAGGCCGCUGCAACUGCUGCUGGCACCAGAGGUCCAGCAAACUGCCUGCAGACUCUGGGGGAGGGAGUGGAGGACUGGGUUGCGUCGGGGCGCUGACUGGAGGCAGUGCUGCUGGGGUGGGAGGAGGGAGUCAGUGCUCCAGCUCCGAGUCUCUGGAUGGAGGAAUAAUGUCCCUGCUGCCGCUCUCUCCUGAGGUCAGGGAGGCUAUUGAGAGUGUCAAAUACAUAGCAGAGAACAUGAGACUACAGAAUGAAGCAAAAGAGGUUCAGGAUGACUGGAAGUACGUUGCCAUGGUAAUCGACAGGAUCUUCCUAUGGGUUUUUGUCCUCGUGUGUAUCCUGGGAACAGCUGGCCUCUUCCUCCAGCCUCUAUUACUCGGGGAAGACAUUUGA